GAUACUAGGAUAAUGUUAGCCAUAGAUUUAAAAAAUUUUAACGAAUAAGACUAAUUUUUAUAGAUUCGUAUGCAUAACAUAAUCAAACGAGUUUUACUUAGUCAAUGUUUUAUUUAUUUUUAGUUUCAGAAUCAAUAAUGGAGACCAAUCCGCCUCCAAACAAUAUUACUCCGCCUCCAAGCAAUACUACUCCGCCUCCUCCUCACAACUGUCCUCCGCCUGACUACAACUCCGCCGUUGGAUUGGCUAAUCCUAUCGGUCCUCGUGGAUAUCCUCCAGCAGUCCCUGUACCGAUGGAUGAACCUCCUCCAGCAUAUUCUGUAGCUUCUCAUCUCCCAACCUAUGAACAGGCAGAGCUCUCUAAAGAUAAGCUGUACGUCAGUGAUAUCUUGGAGGACGCGGAGGUUCUUGAACGAGGACGUAUCCCUGUAGACUGGGAGGAGGAUGGAGAUGCUGCUCUCCUGGGAAAUGAUUUCGUGUUCUGCACAGCAUUCGUGACCUCGUUCCUCUUCAACUGGGUCGGGUUCCUGCUCCUCAUGUGCUUCUGUCACACCAUCGCAGCAAGGUAUGGAGCUCUGGCAGGGUUCGGAUUAUCCCUGGCUAAGUGGACCCUCAUCGUCAAGAGGUCUACGGAUCUAGUGAGGUCAGAGAAUGCCUGGCUUUGGUGGCUGGUUCUUGGGUUCGGAUUCCUCAUUUGUACUAGAGCUUGUAUCCAGUAUCUUCAAAUCAAGAAAACCUGGAGGCAACUCUCCAGCUCUGCUCGGGAACGUCUUUUCUUCUUCUACUAGUCAUCCUUCCUUCCUUCAAUCAUGGUUCCUGUAGCUACAACCUCGGUCCAUGGGAUACUUUUACGUCAGACAGAGCUGCAACUACGGUUGCAUACUUAAUCAUUAGACCGAGAUACAAUCUGGAUAUAUUUUAUAAUUUGGAAAUUCUAAUUCCUAUCACAGGAUAGUUUCAACCCAGGUUGAUAAAUUUUUAAAGAUCAGACUAAAUUAAAUACUUUAUAAGAUAGAAUAUUAUUUUUGACAUAUUUAAACAUCUUUAUUUAAAUGUUUGUAAACACAACGUAACUGUACUGCGUAGUACUGUAUCCUAAUUUAACUGCUCAUUUGACAAAUAUCUCUCCAUGUAUAAUUGCGUAGGUAUACUAGUAUACUAUGCGUAGGAAAACUUGAAUUCUAAUCAGAACCAACUAAUCUAGAAUAAGAAACCUAUUUGCAAAUCAUUUUACAACAAAAAAAUU